AUGGAAGGGAAAGCAGCGACGACCAGCGGGAGACGGCAGCGAGCAGCACGUGGUCGAGGACCACGUGUAGGAACGCGGCUGCCGUUCCUAUAUCCCAGGAGGGACGUCCGAGUCCGCCGAAGGGCACCACCGCGCAGGCCCCGCAGCCCGGUACUGCAACUGCUGGCUUCGUCGCUGGUCUCACCCCAAGCAACCAGGACUGGGCCCGAGUCUGACGACAGUCGACGGUGGAUGUACCCGGAUAGUCCGUCGGUGGGGUGGAAUAGCGGCGACAGCGGCAGCAAUUUUUCAGACUGGGAUGCAGGCUGCCCGAAUAUCUACGAUCCGCUAGGCAGCCCGGAGCCGGUGGCGUGCAUCAAGGGGUGGGCCAAGGGACCGUAUUCGGACGAGGACGACGCGGGAGAUGGCGACGUAGACGGCGGAGCGAGCGGCGGCGAGGCGACCGGCGGCACUGCAACCGGCGGAGCGAGCGGCGGCGAGACGACCGGACCCGAGGCCACCGGCAGGAGCCCGUGUACCUGUAGUGGCAAACGUCGACGCCGGUGCCACGAAGGACGGGCCGCCACCAGCAGAAGCAACGACCACAGCGGCAGAGGAGGCCGAGGAACCACGGGAUCCAAGGCUCCGGAAGACGACGACGACAGCGGCGAUGGACGUCGAACUGCCGGUCGACGCAGGGUAGCAGGCUGGGGAACCGCGGCCACCUCCGACACCGCCUCCACCGUCCAUGCACGGGGGGGCUGCCGCCGACGCCACCGCGGAGAACCUGGAGCGGGGCCGGCAGCGAUGAACGGAGGUGCAGCUGGAGGAUUGGCCGCACGAGGUCCACGCGGCGGUCCAACGCCAGCGGGGCAGGGCGAAGCGCCGGUGGGCGCAGCUGGUGUGGGCAGCGGGGCAGCGCUACCGCGUCCAAUGGGUCCAAGAGGGAUCCGGGUCCUGAAGGAGCAGGCGUAA